AUGGACGACUCAGGUUUGGCGUCUGAGAUGAUUCAACUCCUUCGAGAUGAGCUGGAGCGCAUUCGCGCUCAAAUUCGAGAAGGACAGUCCAUCCGCAAGGAGGAGCAAGGUUCUGAGGAUUCGCUGAACUCGAUGGUCACGCCCGCGGAACUGUUCAGCCUACAGGAAAAGAACGCACAGCUCAGGAAAGAAGUGGAAGCAGCUCAAGCCAAACUAAGGACCCACUCAGAUAAAUGUCAGACCGUCAAUGAUCUUCAGGGAUCAGAGCAGCUUCAGUCGCAGCUCGAAGAAAUCACGAAGUCUAAAGCGGAGGCGGACUGCUUGGCGGAAAAGGUCGCCGCUAGGCGAGACGAGUGUCAGCAGGAAAAAUCGUCGAAGGCCCAGUUGAAAGAUACUGUCUCUAAAAUGGCGGAACACUUGGUAGACCUGAAAACGAGGCACGCUGACUCGUUAGAACGGUUGACGGUGCUAGACGGCGAAUUGAGGAUGAGAAACACUAGCGUUCGGUUCGAUCCCUCCGGCUUUCUGCGCGACCCACAAUACGCCCGCGAUGACGGUUCAAAUGUCCGAGCGGAGGUCCUGACGACAAUGACGGGACAAUCAUUCGUAUUGCCCAAGUUCUUCAAAAACAUGCGUGUUCCGGGCGGUCAUAUCUCCAAAAAAUUCGAUGAAGUCCUGUGGCCGACGGAUUCGGAGUCGCAUUCGCACUGCGUCUGCAUAGCUACGACUCAUCGUUACAACCCGAGCUUGAACGACUUGAAGGGAGGCUGGGGUUCCUCCUGGGACAUGGAAGAACAUGACGGGGUCAGAGACUUCUUCUACAUGAAGUCGCAGGAAUGGUACUACCUCGGGACGUACGAAUGGGUGGGACAGGGCAUUUACCCGUGCAAUGAGUUACGGGCACUCAUUGAUCCUCGUAUGCACUACCUUCAGAAAAGGGCCGGUCUUUACCCCGAUGUGUUGCCCCCCGCCAUCACUGGCAUAGCGAUGAGCAUCAUCAACGGCGGCGUGCUCAAGAUUUCCUGCACCGGCUGGCGUCGCAUCGGGUUCAACACCAGGCUCGCCGAUGCGUUGAAAACCGGACGCCGCUCAACGUCUAUUGCGAAUGGCGACGCCGACCCCCCUCGCACCAAUAACACGAUAUCUAUACCGAGAGAAGGUACCAGAGACGUCGGAAAAAGUGUUGCGAAGCGCACUGGUGACGCGGAGCAAGAAGAGCCGAGGAAGAAACGGAAGUACAAGAGCUCCUGA